CAUCAAUUUGACCUAAAUAACGCCAGCCUGGUCAAUUUGGGUCACGAUGAGACUCUCUUCACAGUCCCAUUCCAACACAAACACUGUUACUUGCAACGCAAUCCACCGCUGCAAUUGCACAGAGAGAGAGAGAGAAGAGAAAGAGACCAAAUCCGAGAAAGAAUCGGAGAAGCAAAACAUCGACCGACGUCCGCCGCGAGCCGUAACCUAUAAAAGGGCAUCGCCCUCCGAAUCGAAUCCACUACCAGAGAAGAAAUCGCCGUCGAAAUCCACAUCAAAAUAUUUACUUCCGAUUUCCGAAUCCCUAAUACACCAUGGCCGCCGCCGCCCCUGCCUCGCUGCUGCCACUUCGAGCCACCGCCGCGCUCCUCGCAUUCAACCCGUCGGAGGCGGACCUGAUCCGCCACCUCCACCGCAAAGCCCGCGGCGGCGGGAACCACCUGCUUGUGCCGGAGAUCAACGUGUACGGCGACCUGAACCCUUGGGAGAUGUUCGACAAGGCCGCGGUGGACGUCUGGUUCUACGCCUUCGCCAGGCUGAAGCAGCGCGGGCCGUCGCGGUUCCACCGCAGCGUCGGCAGGGGGAGCUGGACGAUGAAGAGCACCCACACGGCGAGCGACGGCGCCAGCCUCAAGCGCUUCUUCAUCUACGAGGAGAAGGACGCCGCCAAGGAGGGCGGCGACAACGGGCACUGGACGAUGCACGAAUUCUCGCUGCCCGGGGCCAAGGACAACGAUUUCGUCAUCUGCAGGGUCAAGAACCGGCGGUGGAAGCAGAAGAGGACCCUGCCGGCGGCGGGGAGCGGCAAUGCCGGUGGUAAUUUAAUUGAUUUGUCCGCGGCGGAGGAUGAUGAUGAGGAGGAGGAGGAGGAGGUUGAUUGGGAGGCGAUUAUAGAAGAAGAGAUGGAGGAGGAGGAGGAGGAGGAAUCAGAGCCCGUGGCCGUGGAAUUGAGAGGUGAAGCUGUGAAAUCGAUUGGGGAUUUUGAUUUGGAGUCGGAGGAGGUUUUGGCCAUGGUGGAUAACUUCUGGGCGGAACCGCCGGCCGACAUUGGUGAGAUACUCUGUUCCAGGUUGUGGACGGCGACGGCGACGGUCCCUGUUGCUGAUCGGAGGGAAUUCACCUGACCUUUUUUUGCUUUCUUUGAAAGCUUUUGCUCUCUGUUUUUUCUUAGUGAGUAUGUAAGUACGUAGAGAGAUGUUAGAGUGGUGACAGGAAAGGGAAGAAGCUGUUUGCUCUCUGUUUCUUCUUCCCCUAGGUUGGUUGUAAGUUUUCUUUCUUCUACUUUUCUCUUGGAUCCAUGCAUGUAAUUAAGGUUUUGGUACUAUCGAAAUUGAAGCAACAAAAUUAUGAAUUUCAUGAUAGUAGUACCAUCAUGGUAGUUCUUAAUCAGAGAUCGGGGUUGGGCAAUCGAAAGUCGCUCCAGUUUUAAACAAUCGCAUCCUAAUUUCGUCAAUCCAUAUUCCACUUGAUUAAAAUCUCGGAAGUAUAUGUUGUAACAAACAUUAGCCAAUAUGGCUUUAUGAUUGAUAUGGUAGUCCUCGGAGGAUAGCUCACCAAGUGUGGGCUCGAAAAAUCUUCUGAAAGAAUAAGGUUGGCGACGGUUUGGAACUCUGAUACCACCUUCACUUUUCGACGACACAUGCGUAGUCAUCUUAUAAUGGUUAUUUGAUGAAUUUGUUAAAUUUUAUCGAACGAGAUCGGUAAAUUCGAACAAGUUAUGGUGGAUAUUUUCUCACAAACGAAGAUUCAGUCUGUUAUGUUGCCGUGAGUUCGGUUUUGUUGCCAUCCCUAAUAAUGGGUAAUUGAGUAUAACAAGUUGGAAUAUCGUUUCUGACUAGUUGAAGAAAAGUCAAAAUAGGAGAAGUAUGUAUAGAUAAUGUAAGAAAUGGAGAUAGAAUGGGCCAAGAGCAGGGCGGGACAGGGCAGGAUGGGUCGAAAGUAGAUACUCAUACCCCGCCCCACCCUAUUGCGGGCCAGGUAAUACCCUUCCCAUCAUGAAUCAGAUCAGGUAAUUCCCAUUGAGCAUAAUAUGAAUGUUGAAGUACUCGCCCCGUCCUAUUGCUAUCACUAUGGCUGGGUUUCUGUGUAGUGUCUUUUAUUUAUUUACGUUUGGCCUUCUGUUUAGGAGGAUGGAGGAAGUAGCUUUUGGGUUCUUUUGUGUUUGUGGUGACUACUUGGGUUGAAGUUGGGCCAUUAGUUUCUUCUGGGCCUGAUCCACACUCUUUUUUUUUUCUAUGUGACUUCCUUUUGAGCUUGUGUCGGGCCUAUUAAUCUUGGCCCAAGGUGGGAUGGACUGAAGGUCUACCUAAUUUAACUAAAACCACCCAAAAAGGCGACACGUGUAAUUGGCAACAACAAGUAAGUUAACUUCUUCUGCAACUAUCAUCUCUUACGCCACGUGCUGCUUGUCCACCAAACACUUCUUUAAUAACAAAACAAAGAUGAUGAGGACAUUGAUGAUAAUCUUUACAAAUUGUAAGGUUGGAUCCCGCAUAAAAAAAAAUGUGUGAUAUUAUAGUGUAAGCUUUAAAAAAAACAAAUGACAAUUUAAGAACUAAAGAGAAGGGAAGAGCAGUUUGUAAAUUGAUUUAAGAAUAAGUUCAAUUCGAUUAAGUGAAACAUGAAUUUCAUUAUCUACAAUGACUAAAUUUGAUAGACAAUGGAAAUUAAAGGGAGGAAAAGGUAAAACACCCACAGAGAAAUCCGUCGACCAGAUUGUGCGGCUCGACGACUCGGCGACACUGAGUCAGCGAAAACUCAGUUAUCCAAUGAACCAACGACAGCCUCAAAACCGCACUGCCAGAUAGCGUCACCAACAGAAGCCAGCCACAAAACGACAGCGUACGUCAUUGGUUCGUUCAUUCUCCACGCGACAACGUAAUAUAAUUGCCUAGAACAGUAAAAAUCAUUGUUUAUGAAUAAAAAAGUUAAAAUCGUUGUCUUCUUUGAUAAAUAAAUAAAUAAAAGAUAAUGCA